UUAUUACUCUGCUUUCAUGUAGAGCGGAAUAUUUACCAUUGAUUUUUCUUUGUUCGUCUCUGAUCCAGCAUGUGUGUGCAUAAUCUUUUUUUUAAAGAAAAUCAUAACAAGAAGAUAAUUUAGAGUUAAUAAAUUAGAAAAAACAACUUUCACGUGAACCUCAAAAAAAAAGAUGAUUACAUUUCUAACUUUGACACGUUAUGCCUUAUCACUAAUAAUUGUAAAAAUUAUUACAAAAUAUGUAAUUUAAGUAUUCUUUGGCAACGUCUCUAGUUGCUAUCCAACGAUUAUUAAAAAUCAGAAGGACUAUAAUAUAUUCACGUUACCGGUCGAAGAUUUUUGCAUUAAGACAUUCAAGAUAAAUAUAAUUCGUGACUCUGAAAUGUAUUGCAACCAUUGCAUCCACGCGCAUCAUCUGACCCCACUGUUCCAACUAUUAUAUGCUGAUUAGUUGCUUAAGUGUAAAAUAAAUAAUAAUAUUAGUGUCUAUACUUGCUACAACUUUAUUACGAAUGUUUCAAAAGAGUAAGCUUGACGUGUUUGUUUAAUUUGUUUGUUUAUUUUACGCUGAAGCUACUUUAGAGUAUGACUUUUUCAGAAUAAUUAUAAAUAACUUAAAAUAGGCAAUGUUUUAACUGUAAAAUACGAUAACAUUCAAUCUUUGUCCUAUAAUAGUUUCAACCAGAUUGGAUAUCUGACCUAAAUUGUGUUCGUCUAUUAGUUUAAUAAUAUCUUAUUUUAAAAAAAAAAUGCAUUUAUCUUUGUAAAAUUAUUCAUCAAUUAUAAUAAUUUUAAUACUCGUGAUAAAAACAUUAAUUUUCAAUUAAUCGCAUAAGUGCAUUUGCAAUGUUUUCAUUGUAGUGCGUUAUAAUAAGUUUUAAAAUUCACGAUGGCAUUUUUUGUUUUUAUCAAAAAAGGAACUGAACGCUUGCAUAACUAAAACGGUAUAUACGCCUUAUUUACAGUGUGUGUUCCUAGAUUAGCAAUAAGUAAUCAAACGGAGUUGUGAGAAUACGACUUUGUGCGAGUCUGUUAGAAUAAACGUCCAUUAUAACAAUAUGCAUUUAUCUAAAGUAACUAUUGGCGCAGGACCAACAUUGCUUUUUUAUAAUAAGAAUUAGUCACUGUACAAUAUACACCAACUUCGACAAAUGAUAUCGAAGGCAAACGCCUUUGUAGUUAACACAAGUUCAGUUUUCAACCAUCUAGAUUCCAAGAGAAUGCGCGUGUGCUAGGCAGAAUGAUAUGUGUGUAACAAAACGCAGACACAAAAAUGGACAAGACAAAAUACACGGUGAAGUAGCAUGCUCUAGUCAAGUGUAGUUUGUCGUUUGUGCAGUUGGGCCGAACGGCCGACCCGGAGUGGAAAUGGUCGCGGUCAGGAUCGCCUCGUCGGCGACGGUGAAGAAAAUCCAAAAAAAUAUAUCGGUCGAGCCCGUGGUGUUUUUGUUUUGCCUGAGUGUGACGUUUUCCAACAGUCUCAACUCCAGCCUGCUGCUGUACAAAUCGUGUAGCCCCGACGCCAUGCCCCAUUCGAUCGGUUCGAAAUGCCCCAACGAGGCCAGUGCCGAACACCAGGUGACGCCGAUAAACGCGUGGAAAUCGGUUGUAAUGCAACUGGUGCCGAUGUUCCUUACCCUGUUGGCAGGACCGUGGAGUGACCGGCACGGCCGCCAAAGGAGGAGCCUCAUGCUGCUGCCAAUCGUCGGUCAACUGCUGGCCGACGUCGCUUCACUGUACAGCAGCGUCAAGUGGGCUUACAUAACACCGCUGAUGACGGCGGUUUUGCAGGUGACAAUGUCUGCCACCACCGGCAGUACUCCGCUGUUCAAUAACGGCAUCUUUUCGUACGUGUCCGAUACGUCGGACGAGAGUUGGCGUACCCUCAAGUUCGGCCUGGUGAUCUGCGCCACGAACUUGGCCGGCACCUUUGGCAUGUUGGCCUACGGCUUCAUCGUGGAAGUCAUGGGAUUCGUCGACGCGUUCGCUUUGUGUGUCGUCCUGGACGUGUUGGCUUUUUUCUUGGUGCUCAAUUACGUUAAAGACACGCCGGAGCCGUAUGAGCACAAACCGUUUUCACAAGAUCUCAAAGAAUCGUUGCACGUGGCGGACAUAGUGAAAAAUAGCUUCAGAGUAUUAUUUAAACCGCGGUCGGGCAACAAGAAAACGGUUCUGAUCCUCAUGAUACUCGUAUGCGGUCCGUUGACCAGUGUGCCGUCUGAAGGAGAGACUUCUUUAAUGUACAUGUUCCUAAGAAAUAAAUUUAGUUUCACCGAUAUCGACUAUAGUGUUUUUGGUUCCUACAGAAUGUUGGUUGUAAUAAUCGGAACCGUCAUCACGCUUGGUGUAAUGAGUCACUUGCUGAAAGUAAACGACGCUUUAAUCGGUUUGAUAUCGUGCAUAUUUGAUUUUCUAUCUGAACUAGCUUUUUACUUUGCGAAAAACUCGUGGCAACUAUAUUUUAUUCCGCCGCUACAAAUUUUCUUGGGAGCUGCUAUUUCAAUAACAGGUUCUAUUAGUUCUAAAUGUGUCGAAAUGAACGAAAUGGGUACGAUGCAUUCAGUCAAGUUGAUAAUUGAGAGCGUGUCAAAAGCAAUCGUCUUACCGAUGUACAAUUUCCUGUACAACAAAACAUUGGAAACAAACCCAAGUGCAUUUUAUUUGAUCAGUGUUGUUUUAGUCAGCUUGUCAUUUCCAUUUUUUUUUAUCACCUAUAUCUUGACACGCAAGAAUACAAAAAAAGAAAUUUCACCGAUUGAAUACGGUACGUUUUAAGUUAAACAAAAUUCCAGAAUAAGUAUUCAAAAUUUGGAAGUUUAAAAUUAAAAGUACAAAACGCAACAGUCCCUGCCAAAUUCAGGUUCCUACCAUUGUGAGUCAAAUGCUUGAUCUUAAAAA